GGGAACCGGAGUGAGAGGCGCGGCCGCCCGGGACCUCGUCCCCGCCGCGGCGCUCGUCGCCUCCCCGUCCCUCCCGCAGGCUGGGCGCACGGCCGCCGCGCGUCGCCCGGUCCCUCCGGGGCACCAUGGAGCUCUCGCCGUCGUCCGGAGGAGCCGCUGAGGCGCUGUCCUGGCCGGAGAUGUUCCCGGGGUUGGAGUCGUCCGAGUCGCCACUGCCCCCUGAGGAUCUGGACGCCGUGGUUCCCGUCGGCGGAGCCAUGGUCGGUGGCAUGUUGGAUCGGAUCCUCCUGGAGUCCGUGUGCCAGCAGCAGAGCUGGGUCCGGGUGUACGAUGUGAAAGGACCACCCACCCACCGUUUGUCUUGUGGUCAAUCACCCUACACUGAGACAACAACAUGGGAGCGGAAGUACUGCAUCCUCACAGACAGCCAGUUGGUGUUGCUCAACAAGGAGAAAGAGAUACCUGUGGAAGGAGGACAGGAGCAACAGACAGAUUCUACCAAAGGUCGAUGCCUGAGGAGAACUGUCAGCGUCCCCUCCGAGGGUCAGUUUCCUGAGUACCCACCAGAGGGCACUGCUAAACUAGAAGUGCCAGCAGAAAGGUCCCCCCGCAGACGGAGUAUCUCAGGGACCAGUACAUCAGAGAAACCCAACUCCAUGGACACUGCAAAUACCUCACCCUUCAAAGUACCAGGAUUCUUCAGCAAGCGCCUGAAAGGCUCUAUCAAGAGGACCAAAAGCCAGUCAAAGCUUGACAGAAAUACGAGCUUUCGGCUUCCAUCCCUCCGUAAUACAGAUGACAGGUCUCGUGGGCUGCCUAAACUGAAAGAGUCACGUUCACAUGAGUCCUUGCUGAGCCCCUGCAGUGCAGUGGAAUGUCUGGAUCUGGGUAGAGGGGAGCCAGUAUCAGUGAAACCGCUCCACAGUAGCAUCCUUGGACAAGACUUCUGCUUUGAGGUCACCUACUUAAGUGGAAGUAAAUGCUUCAGCUGUAAUUCUGCUUCAGAGAGAGAUAAGUGGAUGGAAAACCUGCGCAGGACAGUUCAACCAAACAAGGACAAUUGCAGAAGAGCUGAAAAUGUUCUCCGUUUAUGGAUUAUUGAAGCCAAGGACCUUGCCCCUAAAAAGAAAUAUUUCUGUGAGCUGUGCCUUGAUGAUACCCUUUUUGCUCGUACAACCAGCAAGACCAAAGCAGACAAUAUUUUUUGGGGUGAACAUUUUGAAUUUUAUAGCCUUCCCCCUCUUCAUAGCAUCACAGUUCACAUUUAUAAGGACGUGGAAAAAAAGAAAAAAAAGGACAAGAAUAAUUAUGUAGGUCUAGUCAACAUUCCCACUGCCAGUGUGACUGGUCGCCAGUUUGUAGAAAAGUGGUAUCCUGUGAGUACACCUACACCCAAUAAAGGAAAAACAGGAGGACCUUCUAUUCGAAUUAAGUCUCGUUUCCAAACUAUCACCAUUCUGCCUAUGGAGCAAUACAAAGAAUUUGCAGAAUUUGUCACCAGCAACUAUACCAUGCUGUGUUCUGUCCUUGAGCCAGUAAUUAGUGUGAGGAAUAAAGAGGAGUUGGCCUGUGCCUUAGUGCACAUUCUUCAGAGCACUGGCAGAGCCAAGGAUUUUCUGACUGACUUGGUGAUGUCUGAGGUGGAUCGUUGUGGAGAGCAUGAUGUCUUAAUCUUCAGAGAGAACACGAUUGCCACCAAAUCCAUUGAAGAGUAUCUCAAGUUGGUGGGACAACAGUAUCUUCAUGAUGCACUGGGGGAGUUCAUCAAAGCUUUGUAUGAAUCAGAUGAGAACUGUGAAGUGGAUCCCAGCAAAUGUUCAUCUAGCGAGCUGAUAGACCAUCAGAGCAACCUAAAAAUGUGCUGUGAGCUGGCAUUCUGCAAGAUCAUCAACUCUUACUGUGUUUUCCCUCGUGAGUUGAAAGAAGUUUUUGCAUCAUGGAAGCAGCAGUGCCUGAACCGAGGCAAGCAAGACAUCAGUGAGCGGCUUAUUAGUGCCUCUUUGUUUCUCCGCUUUCUUUGCCCAGCUAUUAUGUCUCCCAGUCUUUUCAACCUUAUGCAGGAGUAUCCUGAUGACCGCACAUCUCGGACUCUAACUCUUAUUGCCAAGGUCAUUCAAAACCUGGCCAACUUUGCCAAAUUUGGUAACAAAGAGGAAUACAUGGCAUUCAUGAAUGAUUUUUUAGAACAUGAAUGGGGUGGAAUGAAGCGCUUCCUUUUGGAGAUCUCUAAUCCAGACACCAUCUCAAACACCCCAGGCUUUGAUGGUUACAUUGAUCUGGGCCGAGAGCUUUCAGUUUUGCAUUCCUUACUAUGGGAAGUAGUUUCCCAACUUGAUAAGGGUGAAAAUUCCUUCCUACAGGCGACCGUGGCAAAACUGGGGCCGCUUCCUCGUGUACUUGCUGAUAUUACCAAAUCUCUGACCAAUCCUACACCAAUACAGCAGCAGUUGAGACGCUUCACUGAGCAUAACUCCAGUCCAAAUGUCAGUGGAAGCCUCUCCUCUGGAUUGCAAAAGAUAUUUGAAGACCCCACUGACAGUGAUUUGCAUAAACUAAAAUCUCCAAGCCAGGACAACACAGAUAGCUAUUUCAGAGGGAAAACAUUAUUGCUAGUUCAACAAGCUUCCUCCCAGAGCAUGACUUAUUCAGAAAAGGAUGAAAAGGAAAGUAGCCUUCCUAAUGGUCGGAGCAUCUCUCUCAUGGACCUCCAAGACACCCAUGCUGCUCAGGGGGAGCACACUUCUGUCAUGCUUGAUGUGCCUAUGCGCCUGACAGGAAGCCAACUUUCCAUAACCCAGGUGGCCAGCAUCAAACAACUGCGGGAAACCCAGAGCACUCCCCAGAGUGCACCCCAAGUGAGAAGGCCCCUGCACCCAGCCUUGAGCCAACCAGGGAGUCUCCAGCCCUUGUCAUUCCAAAACCCUGUAUAUCACCUCAAUAACCCAAUUCCAGCAAUGCCAAAGGCCUCUGUAGAUUCCAGUUUGGAGAACCUAAGCACUGCCAGUUCUAGAAGCCAAAGUAACAGUGAAGACUUCAAACUCAGCGGACCCAGCAAUAGCAGCAUGGAAGAUUUCACCAAACGUAGCACUCAAAGUGAAGAUUUCUCCAGGCGGCACACUGUGCCAGACAGACACAUACCUCUUGCUCUGCCACGACAAAAUAGUACUGGGCAGGCCCAAAUCCGAAAAAUGGACCAGGCUGGGUUAGGUGCCCGAGCCAAAGCCCCCCCAUCCCUGCCACAUAGUGCUUCUUUACGCAGCACUGGGAGUAUGUCUGUGGCUUCUGCAGCCCUAAUGGCUGAACCUGUCCAGAAUGGAAGCCGGUCCCGGCAGCAGUCCUCUUCCUCCAGAGAGAGCCCUGUUCCCAAAGUGAGAGCAAUCCAGAGACAACAAACACAGCAGGUUCAGUCACCUGUGGACUCAGCCACGAUGUCCCCAGUAGAGAGGACAGCAGCCUGGGUUCUGAACAAUGGGCAAUAUGAAGAGGAUGUGGAAGAAAGUGAGCAAAAUCCAGAUGAAGCCAAGCAUGCUGAGAAGUAUGAACAAGAAAUCAGCAAACUGAAGGAGCGCCUGAGAGUAUCCAGCCGGCGGUUAGAGGAGUAUGAACGCCGGUUGCUGGUGCAGGAGCAGCAGAUGCAAAAGCUGCUGCUGGAAUACAAGGCCCGGUUGGAGGACAGUGAGGAGAGGCUGCGAAGGCAACAAGAAGAGAAGGACAGCCAGAUGAAAAGCAUCAUCAGCAGGCUAAUGGCUGUGGAAGAGGAAUUGAAGAAGGAUCAUGCGGAGAUGCAAGCAGUUAUUGAUGCCAAGCAGAAAAUUAUUGAUGCACAGAUUCCUUUUCUUUUCUUUUUGAAUUUUCCCCCUUCAGGAAAAACGGAUUGUGUCCCUGGAUUCAGCCAACACAAGACUGAUGAGUGCACUGACCCAAGUGAAGGAGCGGUACAGCAUGCAGGUCCGCAAUGGCAUCUCCCCCACCAAUCCCACCAAGCUUUCCAUCACGGAGAAUGGUGAAUUCAAAAACAGCAGCUGCUGAUGGGCUUUGUGAAUACAGACUGGAAGGAGACAGAAGGAAAUUGAUCCACUCUCCUAUUCCAUUCCUUCACCCAGCCCCUCCAGGUUUACAGAAUGUUGCUACUUCAGAAUGGCAAUGUGGUGAGAAACUCUUACAUGAAGAAAGGAACCUUGUCUUUCAGGGCAGAAGGCAAAGACUUCCAAGGUCGAUGCUUUCCCCCAUGUCUCUAUGUACAUAAGGAACUUAGUUCUGGGCCAUGUACAGAAAAUACCAUGUAAUAUACCAAAAGGAAGUUAAUAAUGUAGAUUACCUUUUUAAUUAUUGCUAUUUUUAUUAUUAUUUUCCUGUUGUUGAAAGCACUGCAGUUGUUAGUGGAAGAAAUGUAGGAAUGUGUGUGAGUGCGAGAUGAGCCCAUUGGUUCAGUAGGUAGAGACCAAGUGUCUAGCUAAUAGAAGCACAUGAAGUGCAAUAGGACAUUGUCAGAAUGAAUUUUUUCAGGGAUUCAUCUGCCAGUUUAAAAAUCCCACUCUGGUUCCCUUGUCAUUUAGGAAAACAUCAAACCCCAGGAUCCAUAUAAGACAAUAGUUCAUGCCACUGAUCAACCAAGACCAGUUCUGGUCAGACAGCUAAUCAGAUUGGAGAUUCUGUUUUAGAGGACACAGGUAAAAGCAGUCAUGUCAAAACUGGACUUUAGAAGUGAUUUCUGUUGAACUCCUGUCAAUAUAUUUAUUUCCUCUGUCUACAGCAGAUGGGAAUUUUCUGUUCUAGAUAUGGGACUUUUUUGAUUUUUACUCCUAUUGUAAUAAAGGAUAUUUUCCCUUUCUUCUUUAGAAUUGACAAAACUACAGAUAUUUGUGUCUCAACAUACCUCUUCAUCUUCACGUUUCCACCCCCACAGUGGGAGCAGUCAGGACCAAGAAAGUUUAUUCUCCCCUUAAGAAGUUAUUCAUGUAUGCUGUUCAAAAGCCAUCUGAAAUAAACACCCUUUCUCCCACACAGAAAAGGGCUAACUGCAACAUAGUAGGAGUCUUUGAAUAUUUCCUACUACUUUUUUUCCCCUAUAAGUUAUAAUUUUUAUUUAGGAUAAAAAUUUUAUCCAUUGUACUAGCACAGGGUAGUUUUGUCACCAUUUUUAACUUUGAAUUGCUUCUUCUUCCUCUUACCCCUUAGGAAAAUUUAGAAAGAAAAUCCAAAUCUGAAGCAUUCCUCUUAAAAAGUGAUGGUUAGUCUUAUUUUUAAAAUUAAAAAAAAGAAGCUAGAGGGGUAGUUCAACCUAUAGAGCACUUGUCUAGCAAGCAUUAAGCCCUGAGUUCAAACCCCAGUACCACCAAAAUAAAUAUGGCACAUUACAAUUGUUAUUCCCACACUCUUGUUAGAUUUGGCAAUAACGACUUACCAGUUUCAAUAUUUGUCAUUCAUAGCUUUAUUAUAGGACAGAAAAAGUCAUGGAA